GUCUUUUAUUUCCGUAACCGGCGGAGGAAAAAGGUUAGUCGUUUCAGAAGGCGGCAAGGAAAGCACAACAUUGAAGAAAGCACCCCUCAUUCUUCUUCCGUGCCCAAAAAACCCUAAUACUCCAACAUAUUUGCGAAAAAACCACGAUUGUGAAAGCUUCUUGUCUGCCGGUCAGGAAGGGCAUUUUCGGAUUCACAAAAAAAGUAACCGCUAUUUCGUAUUUUUUAGAUCAUUUCUUCCUCCCCAGAAGGACAAACUUUGAAAUAAAUCACAAGAAGAAGAACAAGAAGAAGAAGAAAAUUACACUCGCAGUCAGAUUCUUGAAUUUCCAUUCCUGAUUAGAAGAAAUUUUGGAAGCUUCCUGAAGGUUAUGGACUUGACUUGGAUUUGGACUUAGUUGACUCAAAGAUUCAAACUUUAGUUCAUUUUCCUGCAUUUCCUCGGAAACCAAACAGAGGGUUAUCUGGUUUUUCUGUUUCUGUUCAUAAACUUUGGUUUAGUUAGUAGAUCGUUGAACAUUGUCAGGAUGAAAUUUAAUUAAGAAAGAUAUUAAGGUCUGAAUUUGAUGGGGAGGGGAGUUCUCUGAUUGGAAAUUUGCAAAACCCUAAUUGGUGAUAAUAAUUUGGGAUUUUUCCUUUUUUGAUGCUGAUAGCAAAACCCUAAUUGCUGGUUUUGGUAAUUUUUUUUGGGGGAUCUUUCAUAAAUGAAACCUUGACUUACUUGUUGUUGUGAUGAUUAAUCGGGAAUUGAUAAGGAGCUUGUCUUUUGAGCAGUUGUACAGAGUUUUGAUGAAUAACCAGUCUACCGGGCGCAACCAGAGACCCGCCAAAGGGUUGAAGGUGAAACAGGCAAUUCAGAUUGCAUUGAUUUUGGCUGUUUGCUUCUGGUUGCUCUACCAGAUGAAGCAGUCACAUGGCAAGGACUAUAGUGAAAGUUCAAAGGACAAGGCUAGCGAAGAACGCGGUUCUGAUAUUUUAGGGCGUAAGGGGAGUGCAGGGUGGUCAAAAGUUGGAGCUGUGUCUGCAUCAAAAGAUCCAAAACAUGUAGGAGAAGUAAGUGUAAAGAAAGAAGAUGGAAAUGUUGAAGAGAAAAAUGAAGAAGAAUCUUUGCAGAAUUUAAAUGAAGCGAAUCAGGUUGAAAAGGAAACAGAAAUUCAGAAAAAAGAAAUGAACAAUAAAGAUGAUAAUUCUGAAGGUGAAGUUAAAGGAAAUGAUGAAUCGGUGGGGCUCGACAAGAGUUCUGCGCAUGAAGAAAAUUACCAAGAGGGGCAUGAAGGUACGCAGGCAGUUUUCGCUGAUCAAGAUGGUGCGAAACAUGUGAAUCAUGAUGAAGUAGGAGAGCACAAGGAGCAAAUACCACAAGAUAAGCACGAGGAACAAGAAAAUGGAAAGGGACAAGCUAAGGAGCCAAAGAGAUUGGAGGAAUCUAGUACCACUGACAAGGAGCCAAAGAGUACUACAUACGAGGACAUUUCAGUACGACGCGGUGAAAGUAAGAAUGACUCUCUUGAGGGCCAAAAUUCAGUGGUAGACGGAGUGGUCCAUGGCUUUGAUGAUGUGAAUGGCGUGCCAGUAGAUGGCCAUGAUCUCAUAGAAUCCAUAGUGACUGGAACAGGCGGUGAUCAAGCAAUUACCGGACAUCAGGAAAUGAAUUUGAGUUCUAACAAUCAAAGUGAAAUCAGCAAAAACGCAGUAAAUGAAGAAGUUGGGUCUAAAGAAGGAACAAUUGGUGCUGAUUUGGAAGCCAAAAGCAAUAUCUCAGUACGAGGCUCGAACAUUGACAUUAAAUCGAAGGUGGAAACAAGUUCAGACACCUCGAGGAUCGAUAGCGUUUAAGAGACUACACAGGGAGGCAGUUCCUUUUCAGAUUCAUGGAAGAAACAAAAUGUCAUUAACAUUACAAGUAUCUGCAAAAGCAGAAGAAACUAGAGGUAGAAAGUGAGUUGAAUUAGUAGCAUUUCUUCUUGAGUGACAUUGUACAGUCUAAUUUCGAGUUUUCUUACAAGUCGUUGGACGUUUUCUUGGCCUUAGAUCCGAGAACAGGUGAUAAUUUGAUGUCGAAUAGUCAUACAUACUUACUAGAAUGUUUACUUUCUCGGUGCUAUUACAGAAAUAAAGUUUCGGUUUCAGUU